AUGAAGUUGUCGGCUCUCUCGAUCGUCCUCUCCGUCAAUGCGGGCAGAAUCGCCGAGCCUCAGAAAUCUAAGUUAGACGAGAAAAAAGAAAAGCUGCAGGAAAUAAACGAGCGGCCACUGGUCGCGGACAUGGACCGAGACGACCCUGAUUACGAUCCAGCAGCAUUAUGGCAAGACGAAUUCAAGACUUUUGACGAUCUGACGCACGAGGAAGCGCGCGACAAGUUGAUGCUCCUCAUUGAAAAAAUGGACCGCGACAAAGACGGAGAAGUGACGGAAGAAGAGCUCACUGUUUGGAUCCAUUACGUGCAGACUAAGUACAUUUACGACGACACUGAGCGACAGUGGGAAGAAAACGACACCGACAAGGACGGGCGAAUCACGUGGGACGAGUACAGCAAACAUACCUAUGGAUUCCUGACGGACGAACAGAUGAAUGAGGAGGAAGAAGAUGGUUUCUCGUACAAAGCGAUGCUUGAGCGAGACGAAAGAAGGUGGAAAGCUUCCGAUCAGGAGAAAAAGGGCUACUUGACGAAGGAAGACUUGACCGCCUUCCUCCACCCAGAAGAGUACGAUCACAUGAAAGAACUCGUCAUUCUAGAGACGAUAGAAGACAUCGACAAGGAUGGCGACGGAAAGAUCAGUCUCAACGAGUACAUCGGCGACAUGUGGAUCGAAGAAGAAGACGGAGAGGAACCCGAGUGGGUGGAAGAAGAGCGCAAGCAGUUCCAAAUGUUCCGCGACAAAGACAACUCGGGAUUCCUGGAAGACGACGAGGUGCGCGACUGGAUCCUCCCGUCCGAGUACGAUCACGCCGAGGGCGAGGCACGCCACUUGAUCGAGUCUGCUGAUUCGGACAAGAGCGGCGCUCUCUCCAAGGACGAAAUCCUCGACCACCAGGACGUCUUUGUCGGAAGCCAAGCGACCGACUGGGGCGACGCGAUCGUCCGCCACGACGAAUUCUAA